CAUUGUUUGCACAUUUAUAAAUCCCACUGGAAGGUUUUAUGAUAGCGCUUUCUCCUUACUUUUAACACCUCUUCUGAUAGCCCACUAUCUGCAAGACAGCAUGGAGUUCACAAACAGCCCAGUGUGCAUCAAGGACCUCGAACAUAUCGCCAGUAAGGUGAUGCACCCCAGUGCUUUAAGCUACUACAAUUCUGGAGCUGACGACGAGCAAACCAAGCUGGAUAACAUCGCAGCAUUCGACAAGUACCGCAUCCAUCCACGCAUACUUCGCAACGUCACCGCCAUCUCAACUGAGACAACCAUACUUGGCCAGCAAAUAGCUACUCCUCUAGGUAUUGCACCCUGUGCCAUGCACAUGCUUGCGCAUCCUGCUGGCGAGCUGGCGACGUCACGGGCAGCUGCGCAGCAUGGUGGAGUGAUGAUUCUGUCAACGCUAUCUACCAUCGCCUUGGAGAGAGUUAUUGCAGAAGGCAACUCAGACAUGCAAUACUGGAUGCAGCUGUAUGUACUCAGUGACUGGUCUAUCACAGAGAAGAUUGUUCAGCGGUCCGAGCGUGCAGGUUUCAAGGCGCUUGUGCUAACAGUGGAUAUGCCAAUCUUGGGUCGGCGCCGGGACGACAUUCGAACCAGGUUCAUUCCACCGCCACACAUACACUUGGAAAACUUCUUUGACCCAGAAUCUGCCAGCAACUCGGAAGGAGCUGCGCCAAGCACGUACAACGACGUGCCAGAACUUUUACUCGCAGCUAGUGUUGCAGGUGGAAACCCAGCUGUGACCUGGGACAAUGUAAUCCCGUGGCUAAAGUCCAUCACCAAACUUCCUAUCAUUCUCAAAGGUAUCUUGACCGCGGAGGACACCAAGCUUGCCAUUAGCUACGGGUGUGCAGGCGUCAUUGUGUCCAACCACGGUGGUCGCCAGCUUGAUGGUACCCUGGCCAGUAUCGAUGCAUUGCCGCAUGUUGUUGAAGCAGCAGAGGAUAAGAUCGAAGUAUACAUGGACGGUGGUGUGCGAAAGGGGUCCGAUAUAUUCAAGGCUCUGGCAUUAGGUGCGCGCGCUGUAUUUGUCGCUCGCCCUGUGCUUUGGGGCUUGGCAUAUGAUGGGGAGGCAGGAGCUAAGCAAGCGUUAGAUCUGUUGCAGAACGAGCUGAAGUUGACCAUGAUGCUGUCUGGGACACGUACCAUUCAGGAAAUCGAUGAUUCAUAUGUCUUGGAGCCAGUAACCCAGUGGAUUCAGAGUUCUGUCCGCCGUCAGAAACGUGCAAACCACAACGAUAUUGAGGAGCUUAAAAGUAAGCUAUAGCUAACUGCUUCUAUUUAUGCUACCAUUGCGCUUGAGGUAUGCUAGGAAUGAACGCUACAAAGUUAGGAUUUGUCUUAGUGGGUUUUAAUAAACAUUCCAAAAAUAAUG